UCACAUCCCGUCCUGAGAGGAAGCGCGCCUCCAUUGUUGUUUUGGUAUCCCUGAGGGAAGGGAGGCCGGGAGGAUGCUGUCGGUGCCGGGCUCCGGUCCGCCUCCGGGCUUCGGUUCGGGCGAAGGCAGUGGCGGCGGGCCGGGCGGCGACUUCUUGUCCCGGUACCGGGCGGUGUCGGCCAAGCUGCGUCGCCGCUUCCUGCGCAAGCCCAACGUGUCGGAGGCGGCGGAGCAGUUCUGGGCCCUGGCGAGAGAGCUGCGCGCGCAGGAGAGCCUCCCUCAGGCGGCCUGGUGCCAGCUGGCGGUGGCGAGAUGCUCGCAAAGCCUGGGCCAUGCUCCCGGGGAGGCGGCCGCGCUAACAGAAGCGGCCCGGCUGUGGCUGCGGCACGAGAGGGAGCUGCGUCUACGCCAAGGCGGGCCUUCCGCCGCUUUGGGCCUAGCCGAGCACCACCUCCCUGCCGCACAGAGUUGCCUAGCCUUCGCCGCGCGCCUCCGCCUCGACCUUGGGCAGCCCGCCUUAGCCGCCGGGCUGUGGCUGGAGCUGGGAGAGGAGCUACGCGCCGCUGGGGAGGCCGCACAAGCCGUCGCCGCGUUUCUCCGCGCAGGGGAGCUCCUGGCCUUGGCCCAGCUACCUUUGGAGGCGCUGCGGGCCUACAGCGAGGCCGCCUCUUGUCUCCUCCUCGGCAGGGACCACGACGGCGCCCUGGCUGUGCUCACCAAGGCCCAGGGCCUGGUCCAGAUUUCCUCUGCUUCUCCUUCCUCCUCAUCCUUGACCCAUCCGCUCCCAGGCGCCUUCUUGGAUGAGCUGCUCCGCUGCGAAGUCACCCGCGUCCUCCUCCUGCUCCUGCUCCAGCCGCCGCCUUCCAAGCUGCUCACUGAACAGGCCCAGACUCUGGAGAAGUACUCCUGGGAGGCCCUCGACGCCUCUCCCGGACACGUCCCUGCCGAGCUCUACCUUCUGCUCCAGUCCACCGUGAUUGCCUGCCAGGAGAAGGACCUGGAGGCCCUCAAGGCCCUCCAGAAGGAGCUCUGGCCACUCCUCAACCCUGAGCAGAACCACCUCCUUCAUUUGGUACUCCAGGAGAUGAUCCGGCCUUCAGGGCAGGGCUUUUAGUCCUGGAUCUAGAGCAGUCUGUGGCUUUGGACUGCAGGCUGGGAAUGUCUGAGCCCAAGAGCAGAUGGAAUCUGGCCACAGCAGGCGACAUUCCUGCAUCCUAGGAAGCAGAGCCUGGAAGAAAGAUGGAGGAAAGAACUCACAGGGGAUAAUGGGAGUGUGAGUCCCAACACAUCUGGAGAGCACUGGGAUGUGUGCUUCCACAGGAAUACUAAUAAUAAUAAACUCACAGCAACCCAGUAGUAAUAAACUUUAUUUUUAACCUGCUCUUUCCCAUAACAGGCUUCCAUAAACAAAAAUGGCAAACAUUCAAUGCUGUGUACAGUAAUACAAUGGAAACUGUUGGCAAAAGGGCUUAUUUUCCAUCAUCUGGGGGAAUCCUCUCUUUCAGUAGACAGCAUUUACAACUUGAACACACUACAGCGGACUUCCAAAAGUCUAUUUAGGUUAACAGAUCUCUUUUCCAUAAGUUUCUUGCUGGAAAAGAAGUCCUGUCCAUUUUCUCAUUGCUUCAGGCUAGGGCUGGGCAGCUGUCAACCUCAAGAUGUUUUUGGACUGCACUUCUCAUGAUUCCUCACCAUUUGCUAUGCUGGAGUGCCCUUAUGGAAGCCCCCAAAACAACCAAUGUGUUAUUAAUGUCUAUGAUUUCAUUUAUGUGUUGGAAGUGAAGUAGCUAAUGAUUAUAAAAUAAAUUGCUUCAUGUUCUUCUAA